AUGCAGCGCCUCUUUUGCCUGCGGCGCCUCGCGAAAGGAAGGCAAUCGAGUCCUGACGUGCCGCCACCCAAAGCCCAGCUAGCGGCCGAGUCUAAGGAGGCGGCGUCUGCCGAAGCAAGCUUUCUUCGCGAGCUUCACGAGGUGCGGCGGAUGGCAGCCAAGAUGGAGAUGGCCAUGAAGGACAUCGCUGCGGGGUGUCCGGAGGCUUGUGGCACGAGCGACAAGCGUGGAUACAAGGCUGUAGGCGCUAGCGUGGAAGCACUUGCUCGCCGGGCGGCAGCCCUCCGCACGCAGUAUGAACGUUCUAACAAGCGUGCUGCAAGCCUGUUUGACGGCCUAGCGUCGCUACAAAGCAUGUUGGAUGCGCUACAGCUCUUUGGAGGCGGCGGCAGUGGCAAUGACGGCCGCCCAGCCCCCUCGACGAUUACGGCGCUUGAGGCCAACUUGCCACUGGAACCUGCUCUUGACACAUUGCGACGAGACAUCAGUACACGGCUCGAGGCACUGAGCACAUGCCUCUGCGAGCUGGAGGACGUGCUGGACUCGUGGGAGACGCCGCAGGGUGAGUCAACUGGCAAGGGGGCCGCCGGGGACAGCCUGGGCUGCAGGCCACCAAUCAACGGCUACACGGCUUUCAACCAGCGUGUUAUACAAGACGCUCGCUUCGGCAGGAUCCCAGUGGCCCACUGGCUGGCCUGGCCGCUUGGUGCCAAGGCGGUGGCUCUUCAACUGCCGGUGAUGGGGUGGUGGUGGUAUCACGCGGUUCAUCAGCCGCGGCUGUCGGCAGGCCCGCUGCAGCGGUUGCCCGAACCCCAGACGGAAAGUCAGCCGGUGGCAGCCCGCAGCGACAUUGUGCGUCUCCGUCUGCGCUUGGAUCUGUUGACGGGUUCCUCGCCCGGCUUCAGGCGAUGGCGCGUAUCGGUGGAAAGCUCCAAGCCGCCAGUAAACUCCAAGCACAGCAAGGGAGCAAAGCUGGUGCUGGUUCCUCUGCACCUACAGCUGCUACGAGAACGGCUGCGGCAUCAAGCCAGCCGUCCGGCUGCACAGCUGCAACAGAAGGCCCUCCCCCUACAGCCGGUGCCUUCUGCAAGGCCUACGGACUCUGGAUCAAGUGCUGGCAGCACAGCGACAAGUAGGCCGCCUGCAGCCAAGCCACAAGUGGCGGCGUCCCCCCCUGUACCGUCGUUGGAGUCCAUGCGAGCCGCGGCAGCUGCACAGGCGCGUAUGCAGCAGCAACAGCAACAACAAGCUGAGCAUCAGCCUGAACAGAAGCAGGGCCCAGCAUUUGGACGAGUCAGUACAAGUGCGCAAUCUGGCAGCAACGGCACGCCUGGGGGCUUUGGCUUCGGUUUAAACCUUCCAAAUGCGGGUGCCGCAUUGUCAGCUCCAGAUAAAGCUGCCGCCUCUGCAGCACCAGCCGAAGCGUCGGCAGCAGCUGGAUCCUGGUCUAAGUCUUCAACCAUAAAUGUGGAUACUAAACCUGCAGGAGCAGGAGGUCCCAGAUUCGAAUUUGGGUCUCUAGGCUUUGGAACGACGUCAGGAAGCAGUCAGGCACAGAGUAGCUCAUCAUUCACCGCUGCACCUGCUGCCACAUUCGGGUCAGUCUACAACUAUGCCUGCUACCACAAGCGGUGCUACGACUGCAUCUAUUGGUGCCACUGGGCCGGCUGCAUCUGCGACUCCAGCUGGUACCUCCCUUUUUGGUGCGUUUGCGAGCAGUGCUGCAGCUAA